GAGGAAGAUGAUGUUCUAAGGAGAUGAGAUUGCGCUCACAUUAUUAUCUCUCAUUGAUUGUUAACAGUUUAGUUGAUUCAGUUUUCCAUUUUCAUCAACAUCAGAAUCACAACUUAUCUGAAAAUAUAAAGAAAAAUAAAAGUUUCCUCUUAAUUGUUUCAUCGAGUGAUUUUAAUUACCACCGACAGAUUAAUAAGUUUUAAUUGUGUUCCAUUUUGUUGUUGAUUAAUUGAUUCGAUCAACGUUCUAACUGAACAUUAAAUUGUAACAUUUUCGACUCAACUUUUUUUUUUCUUGUGAUUUUCACAAUUAAAACAAUUUCUUAACCAAUAUCAUGUUUAACCAUUGAAAUUAAGCCUUCUAAUUAUGAUUGUUAAUUCAAUUGUAAGGUUAAUUGUUUCACUUUCAACGUUAUUACUUUCCAAUGUUCAUUUAUCAACAACAAUUGGACCUAAAAUCCCAAUCGGGGGAAUUUUCACUCCAGAAUCAAAUGAACUUCAGAGUGCAUUCAAAUACGCGAUAUUUUUGCAUAACAAGAAUGAAUCAUCUCGAUUUCAAAUCGAACCGAUAACCGAUGUGAUCGAUACCAAUGAUCCAUUUAGAUUUACCCGUCAAAUGUGCCUACAAUUGUCUCGAGGUAUUUUCACCCUUGUCACACCCAUAAUUGGACCAUCAUAUGAAACACUCGUCUCAUAUUCAAAUACCUUCCAGAUGCCUUUUAUUCAUCCCGGUUACCCGGAAACAAACAGUUACAAUUAUCCCAAUUUCGGACUCAACAUCCGACCGGAUUACAUCAAGGCCAUUGCCGAAGUGGUUAAACUGUACACAUGGAAAAAUAUAAUCUACAUUUACGAUUCGGACGAAGGUUUGAUUAAAUUACAACACGUUUUCUCACUUUUAUACUCGGAUGGUGAUACAUUACAGUUACGAGCGGUUAAAAAGAUCAACAAUGGAACCGAAGGUCACAAUUUCCUCCGGGCGAUUGAGCAUAAGGAUAAAGAUACCAUGAAAUAUGUGAUAGUCGAGUGCGAUGCUGAGAUAGCCAAGGAAAUGAUAUCGAAACAUGUUCGUGAUAUUUACAUGGGUCGAAGAAAUUUCCAUUACUUUCUGACCAAUCUGAUAAUGGAUCAAUUUACUGGAAUGAAAAUCGAUGAAUUUGGUGCAAUUAAUAUAACAGGAUUUCGAAUUCUUAAUCGUAGUUCAAUUUUUUUCCGAACUUUCAUCUCAUCAUGGAAAACAUUAGAUCCAUUCCAUUGGCCUGGUGCUGGACAUCGAUACAUAUCGGCCGAUGCUGCUCUCAUGUUUGACGGAACCAGAAUAUUAUUGGACACACUCGAGCGAAUACUAAUUGAACAUCCAAACAUUUUCGAUGGAAACUUAAGAGGUAAUGAGGUUUACAAUGGAAAUAGUCCAAAACCGGGAAUCAAUUGCGCUGAAACUUAUCCAACACUCCACUGGGAACACGGCAAGUUAAUCAAACAAUACCUGCGACAGACCAACAUUGAAGGAUUAACGGGUAAAAUUAUAUUUGAUGAAUUGGGAGUUCGUCGAAACUAUUCAAUUGAUAUGAUUCAAACAACGAUGAACAGUGAGAUGACCAAAAUCGCCGAAUGGUCAGAGCAAGUGGGAAUGUCCUCAGUUCCAGCAAAUUAUCAUCGGGUUUACCAGAGUAAUGCUAAUUAUGAGAAUAAAACUUAUAUCGUUACAAGUAUUAUCGAGGAACCUUAUCUCAUGUAUAAGGAAAAAACUGAAGAUGGAGUUGAAUAUGAAGGAAAUGAUAGAUUUGAAGGUUAUUGUAAAGAUUUAGCUGAUUUAAUUGCUGAACAUUUGAAAAUCAAUUAUGUACUUCAAUUGGUUGCUGAUCGUCGAUAUGGUGGAACUGAUAAAAACUCCCCUGUAGGUUGGAAUGGGAUGGUUGGUGAAUUAAUUAAACAGGAAGCUGAUAUUGCGAUUGCACCGUUGACCAUUACUUCAGCUCGAGAACGUGUUAUUGACUUUACGAAGCCUUUCCUAUCCCUUGGAAUCAGUAUUAUGAUUAAGAAACCAGCGAAAAAGAAUCCAAGUAUUUUCUCCUUUAUGAAUCCACUUAGUCAAGAGAUUUGGAUGUGUAUCAUUUUAUCGUAUUUCGGUGUUUCCGUUGUCAUGUUCAUUGUCAGUCGAUUCUCACCAAUGGAAUGUCGAGUUGCCCAUACCCAUGAGGGUCAAACAGUUCUGACCAACGAUUUUACUCUCUACAAUAGCCUUUGGUUUGCACUUGGAGCCAUCAUGCAACAGGGAGUAGAUGUUUGUCCAAGAUCUUAUGCUGGUCGGAUCGUUGGAAGUGUUUGGUGGUUUUUCACUUUAAUUAUCAUUUCCUCUUAUACCGCUAAUUUAGCUGCUUUUUUAACGGUUGAACGUAUGGUUACACCAAUUAACAGUGCUGAUGAUCUUGCCAAACAAACGGAGGUCGAAUAUGGUGUCCUUAAAGAUUCAUCGACGAUGGAAUUUUUCAAGAAAUCAAAGAUUCAGGUUUAUUCUCGUAUGUGGGAAUUUAUGAAUUCUCAUCCUCAUGUUUUCGUUGAUUCAUAUCAACAAGGUAUUCGCCGUGUACGUGAAUCAAAGGGUAAAUAUGCUUUCCUCAUGGAAUCAACUUCAAAUGAUUAUAUUAAUCAGCGACAACCUUGUGACACAAUGAAAGUUGGACGUAAUUUGGAUGCUAAAGGUUUCGGUGUGGCUACACCAUUAGGAUCACCAUUAAGGGUAUCACUUAAUUUAGCUGUUCUCCAUCUAACCGAGAAAGGUGAUUUAACUAGAUUGGAAAAUAAAUGGUGGUAUGAUAGAUCUGAAUGUAAAUCAAGUGAUUCCAAGGAAUCAAGUAAAAGUUCAUUAACACUUUAUAAUGUUGCCGGUUGUUUCUACAUUCUAAUUGCUGGUUUAAUUAUCUCAAUGUUUGUUGCAUUCUGUGAAUAUCUUUGGAGAUCUCGUAAAGAAUCAGAAAGAUUUAAAGUUAGAGAAACUUUAAUUAACAACAAGUUACAUUAACUACUACAUUGACUUUCAUCAGUUGAUUAACGAUUAUCUUGUAAAUCGUUCCGUUAAUCAUUAUCAUCUUAUGACAAGAUAUAUUCAACUGACGACUCAAAUUAGUUGAUUAUCUUAAAUCAUGUUAAUCAAGUGCCAAAUCAUCAGCAUAAUGAUCAACCAAUCAAUUGAUAAACUGUUAAUUGUUCUUUCAACGCCAAAAAAAACAACAAUCAACUUUCAUUAAUUGUUCUCAACGUUUCUCGCAAUGUUGAUAAUCCAUCGUAAAUUUACAAUCAUUAUCAACUGAUUAUCUAAAUUUGUAAAAGAAAAAAAAAUUCCCUAUUCAAUCAUCAUGCACCUAAUUCUGCUCAAAAUAAU